GGCUGCACAAACGAAAAGUUUUGUUGGCUCGCCCUGUUUUUUCCUUGUCGUUCGUGUGAAGUUUUUUUAAUUAAAUUUUCUUCAGAAAUAUUAAAUAAAUAUAUGCGUUUUAAAAUAAAUUGAAUUAUUAACAAAAGUAAUAUAGAAAUCAUUCUCGGCAUUAGUACACUGAAAUUGAACGGAACAAAUAAAGUAAAAAUUAAAAAACACGUUUCACGAACACAACUUGCAACUCAAAAUGGCGUAAUCGCUGUAACAAAUCGUUUGAACAAAAGAUUAAAUUUCACAAAAAGUCAAUAACGAAUUUUCUGCAAAAAUAAUAAAGUGAUAGAGUCAAAUAAAUAAAUAUCUAUUAGAUCCACUUGAAAAUCUCCUAUAACAAUUUCAACAAAAUUUAUUUCUAAUAAGUCUGAGUGAGCCUCAAGAAAAUAAAAAAUAUGUAUUUAUGAGUGAUCACUUUUUUCUUUCAUUUAUCGACGGCUGGCUUCAUAAGGUUGGCGUAUAAGUGUGUGUAAAAAUAAUAUACAGUGGGGCAGCUUUUAAUAUUUUAUCAACAAUCAUUAAUUGGAAAAGGAUCAGCAGCAGACUUUUGUUAGUUCUAUCGUCUUUAUAGAACUCAUCGAACAUUUGCAGAUACACUGAUGAUUACCGCUUGAAAGACGACGAAUGUGACGACGACAAAAACAAAGAAAUCGCUCACAUCGGAUUACAAACAUCUGCUUUAGUGGAUACAUAAACGGCAGAAUAUUAAAUACGUAAAACUGCGUAAACAAAAAAAAACUACUAAAACAUUUAGCCAACCUGUCACCACCUAUCCAUCGCAUUUUCAUGUCAAGCAGCUCAGCAGAGUAUACUCAUAUUGCGAUAUUUGCUGUUCUUUCUCCUUGCUGUAUGUAUUUCAUGUUUGCGCUAUAGGAAAAUGCAAACAUUUCAAGAGAAAUAAAAACAACACUUAUGAAACGUAAUUGAGCCGACAACGAAAGUAGUAAUAAACGUUAAUACCCAUCAAACGCAAAGUUUAGCUUUGUUCACGGUUUGUACACUCUCGUACAAAAAAGUUUAUGCUGAACAUCUACAAGCAGUAAAAAUGUGGCGAAAACAGAAGCUUUAAUGAGUUACAUAUCUCGAAGUGUAUGUUCCUUUGACGAAGAGAAAUCAUAGCGAACCUACUCGAAUUGAAUGUACAAUUUGUAUUUCUUUCGGCUCUCAAGCGAAUAAGAAACCGUUUUCACUGUUUUCUCUUGCCAGCUGUAGUAGUCUCUCUCAUUUUUGAUUUUGGAUGAUAAGUCGUACAGUAACUGAAUCAAAUUUUAUAAAGAAUAACUAAAGUAACUUAUAGAGAAACGCAACUGUGCAUAAAUUGUGCCAAACAAAUUAAAGUUUAAACAGCAAUUAGUACCAUUAGACUAUUGAUAUAAGAACAUUUAUAGAACGCUUAUUGAACCAUAGUAUUCCAAACAGUUACAAGCUUUCCCAGAGAGAACAGGGAAUACGGGAAACAUAUAAGAAAAGAUAGUUAAACAUUUUACCUCGCGUUAGCAAAAUUCCAAAUGAAAACACUACUUCUAAGUUCGGACGAUAUUCAAAACUUUAGGAAACUUAUAUACGAUCCAAAAGUGGCGAAUUUGGGCACCUCCAGCACGGAGGACGCCAGUUUGAUGGCGUUACAGUACUAUCUCAAGCAUCCCGGUAAUUACACAAGCUCAGCUCCAUCAUCAGCGGCAAUUCCAACAUCACAGGUUCAAGUACAGCGAUCAUCUACUCAGCAUCAACAGCCUACUUAUCCGACGGCGGUAACGACAAGCCACAGUGUCGUCACUCCUCAACAAGCAGGAGUUGUUGUUGUCAGCAGUAGCAACAACAGCAACGGUGUUAAUGCCCAAGCACACGCGCACGCCCACCACCAUUUAUUAGCUCAGUCACAGACACAACUAAAGCAGUUGCAGUUGAAACAGCCAACAAUACAUCAGCACCAUCAACAUGCGGCCAGCUUCCAUCACCCAUACUAUCAGCAGCAUACAUCGUCAACUCCCGCACAUACGACAACUCAUGCCACUCACGGCCACAGUUCACACAGCACUGCCCACAGCCAUAGCUACAGCCACUCAGUGCCCGUGCACGCUCUCAACCAGAACUCAAACUUCUCAGCAGCCAGCAGCAGCACUGGAGGAGGGACAGCAUCUAGUCACGCUCCCACUCAGCAGUCCAAUACGACUGGUUCCAGCCUAUCCCCGCCUGGAACUACAGCUAGCGCCCGCACUACGCCCGCCAGUGGAUCCAGCAGCUCAGGCGCAUCAGUUAACAGCAGUGGCGGAACCAAUGGUCGAGCCAGCGCCGUUAGCGGAGCAAAGAAAUUAAAAACAGAGCCUGUUUUGUCACAAUUUCAUCAAACAGAACGCCUGUCAUUCGCCAAUGCCCAGGUGAGUUGGACUGAGGAUCACUGGAGACGUGUUGUCUUCCAGGACGAGAGAAAAUUCAACUUGGACGGGCCUGAUGGCUUUUCCUAUUAUUUUCACGAUUUGCGCAACUAUGAACGGACGCUGUCCCAAAGACCCCGCGGCAACUCUGUGUACAUAUAUCUAGUGAUAACGGCUGGUGGCCCCAUUCAUUUAGAAGUCACGACUGCAAAACUAAAAACAGAAACGUGUGUGGAGACUAUUCUAAGGGAACGAGCUAAUAUUGUAGCCAAAUUAGGUGGUAACGCCGACUUUUUCCUCCAAGAUCACAAUUGGACAACAAACGCACUGCCCUCUGUCCAAGAGUGGCUUAAUGCCGAGGGCAUUAAAACUCAAAAAUGGCCAACAGUAGCGCACGAUCUGAAUAUAAUGGAGGGCAUAUGGGGCUGGCUUAUACGAGAGGUGUUCGAUGGCGGUCGGAAGUUUUCGCGUAAAGACGAUUUGAUAUUUCGUAUACGCGAAGCGUGGUCUCGGCUGCCAAUGGAAUUGAUAAGUAACUUGUAUACAACGCUGCCAGAACGAAUGACACAACUCUACUAUACCCGCGGCUCAUACACAAACUGUUGACAGCCGCUGGUGGUUAAAAGGUUUAUCGAGAUCAUCACUAUCAUCGUCGUCAUCGUCAUCCUAUGCAGUAUGCUGGCUUUUUUUAAACAAAAAUAUGUUCUUGUAAAUAUUUAAAAAAAAAACAAACAAACAAAUGCAUGAAAUUAAAAACUAACAAUAAAGAAGAAAAAACACAUGAAUGAGGGCGGGCCAUAUGAAAAAUAUUUCAAUAUAUUUAAAAUAAAACUAACAAAUCCAUAAUUAAUCCAUAAGUAAUAGUAAAAUAGCAAUAUAAGUAUAUUUCGCUGUUGAAAUGAUGAUAAACGGACAAAUGAAAAUACCGUUUGAUCUUUCGUAGCGAAAUGCGCGCUUCGACUCGCUUGUGAUGGGUGUAUAUGACACAUACACCCCCACACACACACAUACACACUACAUAUUUUGAUCAUCUCAAACUCCUUUGCAUUCAAACACAACACAACAUAUUUACAUCAUACUAAUCAUCUUAAACUUAAUCUUAAUCAUACUUUCCGAAUGAAUAAAUAAUAGCUUUAAGAUGUGCAACAAAAAAGAUACAUUUCAAUUUUGUGGUACCAACAAUGAAUGAUUCAAUUAGGUAUGAAUAAAAAAGAACCCUUAAUUGAUGUUGUAAAAAAAAAACUGAACUAAACAACUAUUUUUCAAUAAAAUUUGUUGAAAUUUCUUUGUAAUUUUAUUACAUCCUUCUUAUUUAUAUUCCAUUUUCUCUUCUUCAACCACUUUACCACAAAAUAUACAGAGGUGUCACGAAACAGAAGAUAAUCAAGUUUUGUACUUCUCUCAUUCUUUCGGAACUGCCUUUUGUUUAUAUUUUUGCAGCAUGUAAAAUAAAGUGAUUUACUUUAACACACAACAAAUUAGUUACCAAAAAUUAUUAUACAUUCUCUUUCCAUGAGUGCUGCCCCAGGAACUGAUUUUAGCUUUUUUGAAAUGUCAAAAUUGUCACCUUUGUAUAAUUUGUAUAAUUUGUAACCUUACUUACUUCCUUCCUUAAAUCCACUCUUCAUUUCCCUACUAAUUUCAAAUGAAUUAUAACAUAAAUUAGUAUUUUAAUAGUUUAAUUUCUAGUUUAUCAUUUAAGUAGGAAACCACCCUUUUCCAAAUAUUGUAGCUUGUUUUCCGUUUCAAUGAUUUUAUCAUUAUUUUUUUAUUAUUAUUAAUAUUAUUACUACAUAUUAUUUAAAAAAUUGUAUAACUUAUUUUUGUUUUAAAAUUGUUUAUUGUUUUUGGUUGCACUACAACAACAAUUACUACUAUUACUACUACUAAACGAACAAAAUUAUUAAUUCUAUAUAAAUAAUAAAAAUUGAAGUAACUAAAGUAUUAAAAAAACAUACAAACAAACAAACAAUUAUAACUAAAAAUAUUAAACAAAAAGAAUUUGUGUAGGGUAUGAAAACAAUGAGCUAGAGAAAAUAAUAAAAAUUUAAUAAUUAUUAUUAAAACAUAUAAAAACUGAUGCUUUUAUUAUACUGAAUUUACUACAAUAUGUACACACAACAAUACAGCAAAACUACAACAACCAUCAACUUAAAAUUAAACUAAAUAAAAUAAAAUACCAUUCAACAACAUUAAUUCGUUUAGAACGAACGGACGAACGAACGAACAACAUACAAAACCUAUAAACCAAACAAUUGCAACAUCCAAAAUCUUUUAAUUAAACUAAACUGUGUGUUUGUUCAUCUCCUUGACAAACGAAAUAAGUCUACAACUAUAAUUACUAGCAAUAUCAGGUUAAAAAAAGAAAGAAAUAAUUAAAUUAAAUACAUAAAUAACCAAUAGAUAUAUAUACAUACAUACAAACAAACAUAUAUUAUACAGUAUAGUAUAUUGAGAGAUAUAAAUUAAGAAGAAUACUUCAAAUACAUACAAGAAAUUAUACUAAUUAAUAUCUGAUAACUUUCUCCAAAAUACUAAAUACUACUACUAUUUUUUAAGGCAUAGAUACAAUUAUUUUAAGUUUUGGUAAAAUGUGAUUAUGUUUGUUUAAGAAAUAAUGAGAGAGAGAGAAUUUAACGAUUUCAAAAACAAAUAAAAAUCAAAUAAAUUGCGAUGAAUUAAAGCACCCUGAAAUACGUAAUCAAAAAUAAUGAAAA